AUGUUCGCGCCCAAAACCUCUGCGCCUGCCGCAGGCGGGCUGAGCAUCAACACCAACUCGGCAAAUUCGUUGUUUGGCGGCGCCAACAACCAGAACACAUCCACCGCGGCACCCACCACCGGAGGCCUUUUCGGUAAUACCGGCUCGGCAGCACAGUCGAAGCCGGCAGGAGGCCUUUUUGGAAAUACACAGCCGUCAACUACCGGAUCAAGCAUGUUCGGGGGUGGCCAGCAGCAGCAGCAGCAGCAGACUGGAGGCGGUCUAUUCGGAGGCUCGACGGCGGCAACCACACAACCGCAGACCACCAGCCUCUUUGGCGGAGCAGGGGCCGGUGCUGGCACUGGCAGUGGUGCUGCACAAACGGGGACGACAGGAGGUGGUCUUUUCGGCGCAAACUCGACAACACAGACUCAGGCAAAGCCUGCAUUUAGCCUUGGUGGCUCGACUACCGGAGGGGGUCUCUUUGGCGCUGCUCAGAGUACUCAACAACCGCAGCAACAGCAAGCCCAAAAACCUACGCUUUCUUUGUUCGGAAAUCAAAACACAACCCAGGGCGCACAACCAUCUUUCCAGCAAAGCACCGCAACGGGGACAGUUGUUCAGGGUGUGAAGGUCGACGUCAGUAACCUGCUCCCCACGACCAAGUUCGAGAGCUGUGCCGAUGAGAUCCGCAACCACAUCGAGAUGGUCGAUAGCUACAUCCUCAAUCAGAUGAAAGUAUGCCAUGAAGUUGCGGACAUGCUUCCCACCAUCGAGACGCAGGGUGCCUCGAUUCCCAAUGACGUGGAGUUUGUGCAAGGGAAGCUAGAGACCAUCCAGCAUGCCUUAGAAAAUGACGCCAACGACAUCGACCAGCUCCGCAACCUGGUCACUCGGGAUGCAGCGGAGGCACAGGUGGCAUUCCGUGCCAUCGAUACUCUUAAGCUACCCCUUCAAUAUCAGUCCGCGGGCGGUGGUGGCUGGUGGUCAGUGCAGGACCAGCAAGUUGAUCGAUCCGCGCUCCGUUCGACUCGCAGGAAUACCCUUGCUUUGCCUGAUGACGUGGAGGGUGACCCGGCUACCGCUACCAGUAUCAAUGGCGUCCCCGUGAACUUGGUGGACUACUUUUCGCAGCGAGCGGACGAGAUGGCUUCUGUCCUGGACCGCUACAAGGGCAAUCUGAAGGAGAUUGAAGACCACCUGCACGGCGUGGAGCUCACGCUGAACCGCCAGAUUAGUGAUUUUGUCAGCAAGUCCCGCGAUGGCGCCAGUGCCGGAACACCCAAAUCCGCUGUCAAUGACCUGGCGGCUGUGUUGGGCGACGUGGAGGCUGGUAUCAUGGGCGUUGCAGCCAGGUUAGGGCGUGUGUCGGAGCAGGUGCAGGAGUUAACUCUCGGCCCAUUGUCGGUCGGGGAGGGUCGUUUCGGGAUGAAUUGA